AUGAAAGCCGUAAUUUGGAACGGCACCGCAGCCGAACUAGUCACAGACAAACGGCCGCCGCGCCUCCGGCCCGACUACGUCUUGAUAUCCACGGUCGCCGUGGCGCUGAACCCGACUGACACCAAGGCGAUCUCGCAAGGCCGCGCCGCAAAGGACGGGCUGUGCGGGAGCGACUUUUCCGGGGUGGUGCUCGAGGUCGGCGCGCAGGUCACCAAGCCGUUCAAGAAGGGGGAUCGCGUUUUCGGGUUCGCGCAUGGCGCCAAUUCCAACGAGGCUGAGGACGGGGCGUGGGCUGAGGUCAUUGCUGCAAAAGGUGAUUGUCUGAUGAAGAUGCCCGACAGUGGCAGCAACGGCAAUGGUAGGGUCGACGGGGACUGGGGGUUUGAAGGUGCGGCCACUGCAGGGGCAAGUGUCUUCACAAGCGGGCAGGGCUUGUUUCUACACAUGAAGCUGAGGUUGCCGGAUCCGAUGGGGUUGACUGUCGCUGCCGCCGACACCGAGCCAGCAAAGGAGUAUAUCUUGGUCUAUGGCGGGAGUUCCUCGGCGGGGACUCUGGCAAUCCAGUAUCUGACGCUAGCCGGGUACACUGUCGUGGCGACGUGCUCGCCUCGCAACUUUGAACUUUGCAAGUCCCGUGGCGCCGAGGCCGUCUUCGACUACCGGGACCCCGACUGCGGCAAGAAGAUCCACUCGUACACGCACGGCCAACUGAAACUGAUCUGGGACACGAUCGGCUCCGACGACGGCGUGCGGAUCUGCGUGGACGCCAUGUCCACCGAGCCCGGGACUGACAAGCGCUACGGCACCAUUCUGUUCAACGACUUCCCGCGCUCAGACGUGAAGCACAGCUUCAGCGUGCUCCACCGGUUUGCAGGCGAGGCCUUCGACAAGUUCGGCCAGCACUAUCCCGCGAGCCAGGACGAGUUCGAGUUCGCAAAGAUGUUCAGCAGCUUGACUGAGACCUUGGUCGCCCAGGCGAAGCUGCAGUCGCAUCCCGUCAGACUCGUGCCCGCGGGCUUGAAGGGAAUGUUGGAUGAAGGCGUGUCGCUCGCGCAGAAUGGAGGCGUCAGCGGGGUCAAAAUCGUCGCCAGGGUUGCGGAUACUCCUUGA